AUGGGCUCGGGGAAGUCCAGCCUGGUCCUGCGCUUCGUGAAGGGUCAGUUCUUUGACUACCAGGAGUCCACCAUCGGCGCGGCGUUCCUCACCAAGCCCCUGCCGGAGUACAACGUGAAGUUUGAGAUAUGGGACACUGCCGGGCAGGAGAGGUACCACAGCCUGGCGCCCAUGUACUACAGGGGCGCGGCUGCGGCCAUAAUCGUGUACGAUGUCACAUCCGCGGAUAGCUUCGUGCGAGCCAAGAACUGGGUCAAGGAGCUGCAGCGGACGGGCAACGCGAACAUGAUCAUGGCGCUGGCAGGAAACAAAGCUGACUUGGUCAAGGGCGAAAGCAGCUCCAGGCAGGUGCCCACUGAGGAAGCACGGCUGUAUGCCGAUGAGAACAGUUUGUUCUUCUUGGAGACGUCAGCCAAGGAAGCCACCAACGUUGAUGAGCUUUUCGAGGAGAUUGCAAAACGUCUGCCAAAAGCUGAGGUCCCAAGGCAACAGUCAGGCAGCCUGCCAUUGGAACAAGUACAACCAGCACGAUCUUCUGCUGGCAACUGCUGUUCCUAA